AUGUCAUCGAAGCGCGAAAAGCUCCCCAAGCUCGGAUUCUUCGAGGAAUUCAUGGUGGGCGGUGUGGCCGCUGGUGUGGCCAAGACGGUUGCUGCUCCCAUCGAACGCGUCAAGCUGCUCGUGCAAAAUCAGGGUGAGAUGAUCAAGCAGGGCCGACUGGACAAGCCCUACAAUGGUGUGAUUGACUGCUUCGCCCGCACUAUGAAGACAGAGGGUGUGUAUUCCCUGUGGCGCGGUAACCUUUCCAAUGUCAUCCGUUACUUCCCCACCCAGGCGCUGAACUUUGCCUUCAAGGACACGUUCAAGCGCAUGUUCAACUACAAGAAGGAGAGGGACGGCUACGCGAAGUGGUUCAUGGGCAACAUGGCGUCCGGUGGUCUCGCUGGUGCUGCAUCGCUGUGUUUUGUAUACUCGCUGGACUACGUGCGUACGCGGCUCGCAAACGACACCAAGUCUGCAAAGAAGGGUGGUGAGCGCCAGUUCAACGGCCUGAUUGACUGCUACGUGAAGACAUGGAAGAGUGAUGGUAUUGUUGGGCUGUACCGUGGUUUCAUGGUCUCGUGCGUGGGCAUCGUUGUGUACCGUGGUUUUUACUUUGGCCUGUAUGACACGCUGCAGCCAAUGCUGCCCGUUGACACGUUCAUCGUGAACUUCUUCCUCGGAUGGGCUGUGACGAUCGUUGCUGGUCUUCUCUCAUAUCCACUGGACACCGUCCGUCGUCGCAUGAUGAUGACGUCGGGCGCCGCUGUGAAGUACAAGAGCUCGAUGGACUGCAUGAUGCAGGUGAUCAAGCAGGAGGGUACCGCAGCAUUGAUGCGUGGGGCUGGAGCCAAUAUCCUGCGCGGUGUUGCUGGCGCCGGUGUGCUUUCCGGUGUGGAUGCACUCAAGCCCAUGUACAUCAAGUGGCGCAAAGCCGGGGAACUCAAGAAGGAGAACUGA